CGGGCGCGGCUGGCGGCUGUCGCACAGGUCCCGCUUAAGGACCCGACUCAAGCGAACGAAGACUCCUUUCUCCAGGCUCUCCCGCCCAUGGGCGAAGGGUUUGGUCCUCCAGCUCCCCCGCGUUCACCUCUGUGAUCCCUCCACACCGACUGUCCGGGCUCCCCAGAUCCCACACCUUCGUCCUUCCCCGACCCCACGCUGCAUUCCUUUCGGUCACGGACUGAGACCCGUUACCUGCAAAGCGGCUCGACAGUCCUGCAAGUAGUCCUCCAUGGUGAAGCCGGAGGUGUGCCGUUGCCCCUCAGCGAGGAGAGCCUGAGCAAAUAUCUCCUCAUACCGUUCUUGGAGUGUUGCAACCGUGACUUUGCUUCCUGGGUCUCUGUUGCAACUGUUCUCUCAGCUUUCGGAGUUGAUUGAAGCCUUAUCCUUUGGCCGUCACAUCAAUAGAGUUUAAAGAAGCCUUCAGAACAUUUUCCUGCUUCUCAGGCAAGUGAGAAGGGGCAGAAGAGCGUCUUCCUCACCCUCGACCAGCUCCAGAGUAGAGGGCUGCGGCCGGCCGGCAUCCAGGGAGGUCUAAUCAGCUGCUGCUGUCCCGCCCUGCUCCUCCCGGCUCUGCCAGGCCGCCUGCUUUUCCCGGUUCUCACCAGAGAGGCACACGCGCUCCGUCCCUUCCCGCGGCAGGCGGAGGGAAGAGAAAGGGUCUGUUGUUUUUCUCUCUUCCUUUCUGCGGCUCACCGGGCUGCUGACCGACUCAGACAGCCCUGAUGGAAAUCCUCGGUGGCUGAGCAGGCCCCUCCUCCUCCAGGGACUGCGUCCUUGGCUAAUUUGUCUUUGUCCGGACCUGAGGGAAAGAGGGAGAGAGAGAAGAAAAAGAAAACCCACAAACUUCCUUUGAAAGCCAGUUUGUAGGCAGGGCCUGGAGCGCACGCCGGAGGCUCGCUCACUUGGGAAUCUUAAAGACUCUGAAAGCCGUGGGGGAUCGCCUAGGCUGAGCUCUGCUUGUCCUCGCCCCCAACCCUGCUCUGACACCCCGGGUGUUGAGCGUGAGUCCGGAAGUGGCCGCGACCCAGGCUGGACGCCGCGAGAGUAAACCCGUGUCAAGCCGUGUAAGCGCCGGGGCUGACAGCUGGGAGGCAGCUGGCGCAGUCGGCGCCCCCCAACGAUGUCCCCUCCUCCCGCGUCGAACCGCCAGAGUUGAGUCCUCUCCUAGUGCCGGAACCUCAUCCACCUCUUUGAGGGAAGAAACCAGUUCCACCCAGUAUCUUCCAUCCUUUCCGAGACUGGAAACCUAAGUCCAGGGAGCCCCAUCUGGUCACAGCAAGUCAGAGGUUUGGAAUCAGCUGAUACCUGUUUAUACUGAGAAAAACUUAAUCUAGAGCCAGAGUGGCCUACCCGGUUCACUUUGUCUUUUCUUGUUUCCUUUGCUCUGUAAUUCAAUGACCUUAUUGGCCAGGUCUCUCUUCUGCACACUAGAAUAGCCCUAGGCAAGGUCUCUGAGGUCACAGAGCAACUUCAUUCCCCUCAGCUGACUCUGUACCCACUAUGGAACAACCUCAGGCUGAGUGCCCGGCCCCUAGUAAGACCAAUAGUGCAGAAACUGUUGAAUCUGAAAAGCACGAGGCCCUGUCUGGACCAGAAAAGCAUCCUCAGGACAAGGACAGUGCAGAUGCUGCACCAGAGAAGCAUCCUCAGGACAAGGACGGUGCAGAUGCUCAUGGGGAAGCAGGAAAACAGAAGUCAGGAGACCAAACUUUGCCACCAGUCCAGGAUGGGGGAAAUCUUGAGUGUCCUCCUCCUGAAGCUAGUUCAAGUCCUCCUGGGCCAGCUUGUGGGAUACCAUCUGAGGUAGAGACAACAGAGGCGUGUUCCAGGCCGCAGCAGCUUCCCCAGUCCCCCAGGAUCCAACAGCCUGAUCUAGAUUUCUACUGUGUCAAGUGGAUCCCCUGGAAGGGAGAACGGACCCCCAUCAUCACCCAGAGCAGCAAUGGUCCUUGUCCUCUCCUGGCCAUCAUGAACAUCCUCUUUCUGCAGUGGAAGGUAAAGCUGCCGCCUCAGAAGGAAGUGAUCACAUCAGACGAGCUCCUGACACAUCUUGGAAACUGCCUUCUGUCCAUCAAACCCCAAGAGAAGUCUGAGGGCCUUCAACUUAACUUUCAGCAGAAUGUGGGCGAUGCAAUGACGGUGCUCCCUAAACUGGCCACAGGCCUGGACGUCAAUGUGCGAUUCACAGGCGUCUCAGACUUCGAGUACACACCGGAGUGCAGCAUCUUUGACUUGUUGGGGGUACCUCUAUACCAUGGCUGGCUCGUGGAUCCACAGAGUCCUGAGGCUGUGAGUGCUGUUGGGAAACUGAGUUAUAACCAGCUAGUAGAGAAGAUCAUCAUCUGUAAACACUCUAGUGACCCCAACCUCGUGACAGAAGGCUUGAUUGCGGAGCAGUUCCUGGAGACCACCGCAGCUCAGCUGACUUACCAUGGCCUGUGCGAGCUUACAGCCACUGCCAAGGAAGACGAGCUUAGCGUCUUUUUUCGAAACAACCACUUUAGCACGAUGACUAAGCACAAGAGUCACCUGUACCUACUGGUCACUGACCAAGGUUUUCUACAGGAGGAGCAGGUGGUGUGGGAGAGCUUGCAUAACGUGGAUGGGGACAGCUGCUUUUGUGACUCUGACUUCCACCUAAGUCAUUCCCUAGGCAAAAGCCAUGGAGCAGAAGGUGGGAGUGGCUCUCCAGAGAAGCAACUGCAGGUAGACCAGGACUACCUUAUUGCCUUGUCCCUGCAGCAGCAGCAGCAGCCACAGGGCAUGCUGGGUCUCAGUGACCUGGAACUGGCCCAGCAACUUCAACAAGAAGAGUACCAGCAACAGCAGGCAGUUCAACCUGUGCGGACCAGGGCCCCUUCACCCCCGGGUAGAGGAGCCACAUCUGGACGCCCAGCUGGGGAGCGGCGGCAGAGGUCGAAGACUGAGUCAGACUGUGUUCUGCUCUGACUCCGCCCCAUACAGCCUGCCCUGCCCCUUCCUUCAGAGGCCGUGACCGGCAGGAUCCCGCCCCACCUCAAUCCCUGAGGCAUACAGGGUAACCUGUAUGCGCUAUUGGGGAUCAGGACAGUGGGUGCCGAGAUCAGACUUGGUACCGUCUUUGCCCUUGUACUGCUAUCUUCUCUUCCUCUCAUCCAGGGCCACAUGGGUAUGGGUUGGGUGAAAAUCUCUGGUUCCCUGUCCCCUUUCCUGGAUUAGUCACGUGGAUAUGCCGACCCAGGCUGCUAAGUGAGACACCCAUCUCCUGUGUCCUUGCCUGUCUGGUUGCUCCUGGGCUCACCGCACAGGCCUGUCUUUGUUUUAGGGUUUGGUUUGGGUUUAUAUCUUUAUUAUUUUUAAUGCCUUCCUAGGGGUUUGGAAAUAAAACUCCUUUCCUGAGA